UGUCGGAUGAUUCCCUCAUUACAGUGCCGACUUUCUUAGAUAGUUUCGCGGGAAGUUGUGAGAUGCUCGUGUUGCCGUUCUUCGCGUUUAUCUCAGAUUAGAUAGCUAUCGCCCUUCCUUGGUCGAGGAGUUGCCACGAUAGCGCCAAGCAGGGAUCGAGGCGAUUUUUUUUGGUUCAUAACGGAAUAGGCUUUCUCUAGGAAUAGUUCGUGGUAGUUUGGGGAGGACGCACACGCAUUUCCAGUCUGCAUCGUCCUCCUGGAAUUGGGAGUCUCUCAUUGGUUGCGCAAGUCUGCUCUCGAUCCUGGUCGGCAUACCCACCGCGUGAGAGCAAAGAAAGAAUCAAAAAUUACCGUCCACUGCCAACGGCGAAAUGUCAUCGAUAAGUCCUUGCUCGGAUGUGUCUGACAUGACAGAGCUCAACAAAAGCUUUGGGCUCUACCUGAAACCGAUUUGCAGAUCCAGCAUAACUCUCCUGCUGCCGGCGUCUUUAGCAAAACAGAGCAUCUCGAUUUCCAAUUGGGAUGUCCAGGAGAAAUUACAUCAAGUCGCCAAACCGGUGGAGUUCGACUCGAUUAAAGCUGUGAAGACGACGCUCGAUACGCUGAAAUUCGAAGUCGAAUUGACGAACAGAAAAGAUCUCAAACGACUCAUCAAACAAAUGACAUCUGUCGGUUCCAUCAAAAUCCAAGGAUGGCCGGAGCCCGCUCGAUUACAGUGCUGCGAGGCUAAAAUUCCGCAUCCCGUCAAGCACGACUGGCAAUCCUUUUUCAGGGAUGCCAAGGGCUUAGACGAAAUGAAGCCGGGUCAGAGACCGGAUACUCUAUACGUCAAGGGGCUCCCCAUCAGAUGGUUCAGAGAUGAGGAGACUCCGACCGAGAACCCGCAGCCCAGUCUCACGAAGGUCCAUCAAGUUUUCAAAGCGUUCGGCGAUGUACGAAUCGUGAACAUACCCAUGCUCGAUGAGCUCAAUAUGGAGUCUCAUGAGGGCGGAUCAGCUUUCGGCAAAAUGUCGGCUUCGGAGUUGGUAUUCGACGCUUACAUCCAAUACAGAGAAUAUGUCGGUUUCGUGAAAGCCAUGGAUUCUUUGAGAGCUCAGAAACUCGUCUACAAGCCAGGAGAUGCUUCAUCCAAGGACUCUAUGUACAGCGCGAACAUCGUCGUGGACUUCGACAGAACUCAACAUCUUUCCGAAGCAAAAAUCCAGAGGCGUGCGCUGGAACUUCGGAGGGCUAGAGAGAUAGCUUCGAGGAAGAAACGAGAGAAUCUCAAGAGAAAAAUGCAGGAAGAGAGGGAAGCUCUGAAAGCCGCACAUCGAGAAUCCAACAAGAGGAACGUGCAGGACGAAGCUCGUCGACUCUGCCGAAAUCUGAUAGAUCUCGUUGCUAAAGAUGUGGAGGGAGAGCGGAAAAGAAAAGACAAGAAGAAAACGGAACCUCCGGAGAAGCCCCAUGAUUUACUCAAAAUUCAGGCUGAGCAUAGGAAGGAAUUACUUCUGGUUCAAGAGCAGCUGUUACGAGAACGUCUGCUAAGAAGAUUACAGGAAAAGAAGUUGCGAUCAUCAUCGUCGAAUAAUCGCUGACCUCACGGAGCAUAUGCUUUUUACGUGGCGCACAAAUGUACGAGUCGAUUCAGGUCUCGGUUCCCGCAGCUGCUUGGGUUCUGAGAUCUCUGAAGUUGCGAGUCCCUAAGGUCGACCCGUGAGAAACCAAUUGAGAAACCAAGGAAGAGAGAGGCGAUACCCGAACGUCUGCCAUCGUCAUGGCUUGAAAAGUUGAAUGAAU